AUGAACUUCGGGAAAAAUAUUAAUGAUGUUGGUUUUUAAAAAAUAAUUUUUUUCAAAUCAAUCCAGAUUAUUUCGGUUAAGCUUUAUUAGUUAGUAAAUUUUGGUUUCACAAAUUUUUCUGACCAAAAAUACCGUAUUUUUUUAAAUUGCAGGUCUCGAAGCGAAGCGCUCAAAAAAAGAGCUGUAUACUGUAGUUUUUCCUAAAUUUCAUCCAUAAGGGAAAAACUUUUUUUCAAUCUUUUUCACUUAAUUAUGAAAAAUUUUUCCGUUCAUUCAACGGUCGAUCUGAUUUUUAUUAAUUCAGGCUCAAAAAAAUAUCGAUUUUGAAUUCUUUUGAAAUAUUAAUAAUAUAAAAAAAUACAGAUUUUAAAAAUAUUCCAACCAAAAAAAUAAAAAUUUUUCAGACCGAAGUAUGCAUCAAGCCGGCCAUCAAACUAAUGAGACACGUUGGUUUUUUGAAAAAUUUAAUUUUUGAGCCCCAACUCGGAAAAAGUUUAAAGGCGCAGGGCGCGCGUCAAAAAAUGGUCUCGUUCAAAAAAAGUGAUUUUCAUGCGCCUUCAAUAAGCCUUAGUACACUAUAAAUUCUAUAAAUUGUUUUUUUUUUGUUCGGUCGCAUUCGGAAUGGCUAAAAGCGUUGCGGUCGGGUCAAAAAGUCGCCUUCGAAAAGUUUCUGACAAAGAAAAAUUGGCGGAAGCCGCUUUUCGGUCGGGUGCACUAUUUCGAGCCAUUCCCAAUGCGACCAAAAAAGAGAAAUUCCAGAUGCAACGUCGAUCGAGCCGAAAGCUGAGCGUGGAAAUCGACAAACUCGUCGAACAAUUGAAAAUGCUGUCCGAGGUUCUCAACACGAUGGUUCGGGGAUUACGGUACCUUUUCUCUUGUGGUGACGUCAUUUUCCAGAAAGAUCGGAUGGAGCUGCCGGACAUUGGAUCCUUGUCGGGGACGUCGAUUACGCCGGUCCUCGAGUCCGAAAGUUGGUAAAUCGUCAGAGAGUGGAAAAGACAACUGAUUUUUGGAGACGCAGAGAUAAUGGCCGAAAGUCGGCCUUAAAUCACUCUGCCGUAACAAAACCCUUUUCAUGGAAAAUUUUGGGGCAAAUUUUUUGUUCCAUUCAUCCGUAAAAUCAUAAAAAAAAAACUAAAACUAUUGAUUUUUUGAAAAAUUAAGGUUUGAACUUUUAAGUGGUCACUUGAGGGGGCUUGUUCUGGGUAUGUCAGUUAAAAAUAUCGGCAAAAAAAUUGAAUUUUUUUAAAUUUUUGAAAAAUAUCAUUUCUGCUUAAAAAUCUACCUUUUUGAUCCCAAAAAUUGAGUGGAAUCUUGCUUUCUAACAUCUAAAAAAAGGUACUAAAAUUGAAAAAAAGGCUCAGGCACCACAUCGGGAGCCUCAAAAUCGUCUUCCAACAAGAAGCUUUGA